GCCCCAGCCCCCAGCUCUCAUUUGCACUUGCACUUGCCACUCUUGGCUGGCUGGCCUUAGUGCGCUGUUCGCUUUUUGGUGUCGACGGAGAUUCAUCAUGCAACUGGUAUAUCGCGAACUCGAUGCGGACAUUGUGCGGCGCACCAAUGCGGUGUUUCCGGCUCAGAACUGCUUUGUGGAGGUGCUACCCGAUCAGUUGAUAAUUCCCAGGAAAUAUGUUGAGCUGGGCGAAUCGAUACGAUCGCUGCCCGUGUACGAGGAUGACGUGUGGAUGAUAUCCUAUCCCCGCACGGGGUCAACCUGGGCACAGGAGAUGGUCUGGCUACUGGGUCACGAGUUGGACUAUGUGGCAGCUGAGCAGGACAUUCGGAUGCGGUCGCCACUCCUUGAGCUAUCGGCACUGAUCAUCAUUCGAUGA